UGGGACAAAAUAGGCCACUAUGGGAAAGGGGCAGGGACAGGAAACCAGCACAGAGAGCAUAUUUUACCUCCCUCUCAAUUGUGUAGCCAAAGUGGAAAAAUUUAUAGACACAUCGCUGUGUCUAGAAUUUUAUUUUUACCUUCAUUUCAAUUAUGUUCAAUAAAUAAUAUUUCAUUCAUCAGUUUUAUCUUGUUUAGAUGAUGUUCUGUCUUUUCUUUUGCUUUAAUUCUUAUUCUGAACUCUUACUCCAGGCCAUUUUUUAAUAACUCAUAGCUAUACUAUCAGACUAUAGGGUCGCUAUGAGUCGGAAUCGACUCAAUGGCACUGAGUUUGUUUGUUUUUUUAAUACUAUCAGAAUACUAUCCUGACUUGUCUCGCUACCUUAAAAAUAUCUUCCUUUCAAAGGUUACUAAAUAUGAAGAGCAGUAACUUUCUAGAAAAUUUCACUUUAAUUAUUCUCUUUUUAGAUAAAUACCUAUCACCCAUGCUGUCAACUGUCCUCUCCCCAUUACCCCAGACCAAUUUAGUGACCCUUGCUAAAGAGUGUUCUACCUACAUACCCUUCAGGCUGCCAAGGUUCUGCUUGGCAUGGUGUGAGCCACGUUGCCUGGAUUAAAAGAUAUUCUCUUUUCUUUUUCCUUCCUAAAUAUUUCCCAUUUGUCAAAGGUUAAUUAUUUUAUGCCCCACAUUUUUUACAUGAAAUAUAUCUUAAUUCCUGCAUCUCUCUGGAAGCACAUACUGUAUAUUCUCACUUGUCCCGAUAGAGAGCAUCUUACAUGUUUAUUUUAAUUUUGGUUAGGAAAACAUAUGUUUUUUUUAACAAUUAAAAUGUAAAUUCAGAGUAUUGUUAAAAAUAAUCAAAACUCAACAAAAUUGAAACUUGAAUUUUUUUUCCGAGUAGUUAUUCUAUAUGGAUAUAGGGAGACCAUUCUGAUUUAAAAGAAAAAAAAGCAAAUGUUUAGACAUAGGCUAGUUACAGUAAGGCUUACAACUAGAAGAGGACAGAGAAGAAUAGAAGAUGAAUCAUUUUCUUAUCUUAACAGGAUAGAUCGUAACUUGCUCUCUUCCUUUUACUGAGAUCUACUGGUUACUGAUAUUAGUCAGGUCGCAAAGUGGCCUCUGCCCCUCCACCCACCAGCAGCCAUGACACUUUUUGAAAUUUAAAUUAAAUAAGUCUGGCUCCAAACAGGAAGGAAAAGGUGAACAAUUUUGGGUGACAAAAACCCCUGGCUUGAUUAAUUUUGGGUCAGGAAUUUUUAUGGUUAGUACUUGGUUUUGUGGGUAAGAAAAAUCAUAAAAUCAAAGGAAGAUGUCUGUUUUUAAUUUCUCUCUAUGACAAUUUUAGUUUUGAGAUAAAGAACUUGAACAUCAAAGACAAACUGACAUUGUUGCUGAGAACUUAUUUCGGCUGAGGAUAUCACCAAAGGAGGCUUCAGGGAUAGAACCAAAGAAAAGCAGAAGACUUUUUUUUUGGAGGGGGCACCUACUUUUAAAAGAAAAAAAUAUAUGAAAAUUUUCGUGGUGAAAAAGACAAAGACACUUUAUUUACCUGAAAACCUCUGAUUCACUGGACCAGCUCCUCGAAGCCAGCAGCAGCAAAGCUGUGGAACCUGCCUGGGAGAGGAACACUUUUAGGACAGGUGAAAUGAAUGUGAAUACUUUUUCUGCACAAUUCAAAUUCUUCAAUUCUACUUUGAAGUGAUUACUAAAUUUAGGAACAGGUUUUGGUAAAACAAAAUAUAACAUAAAAUGGUAGAGAAUAGAGGAUAAUUUUCUGUUGUCCAUGUCCCUAAUAAGUUGCCCAAAUGUUUCCAUCUAAGAUAUCUCAAAUCCUUUCAUAAGGUUUGACUCUAAGUGUCAGUGGUUGCUAUCUAUGUCAGAAGAUGAAGAUAGUUUUUUUAAAGAACAUAAAAUAUAUAAAACAAACACAUGCCAAAUAUUUUAAGUAAUUAAUUAGUGAUUGAGAGAGCUAGUAAGAUAUUCAAAAUCAAAAUCAAAUUUCACACAUAAAAGAACAGAUAAGCAUGGCUGAAAAAAAAUACAAAUAGAUGCAAAAUGGAUCUAUCUACAGAGAAAAUACCAAUUGCAUUCCGCUAAAACAAAAUUAGUUUGUAUUUGUAUAGGCAAUAAUUUUUAUUAUUAACAGUUUUAUACAACUUCUACAAUUGUAAGAUAGCUUAAAGACAAUAAAUAACAAACAUAACCCAGUCCACUAAAGAGAAGACUCAGCUUUUUUUCCUGUUUCAAAGAUUUUCACAAUUUUUCCUGACACUGGCAUAAUGAAGAAAGAUGCAAUGAGUAGAGGAAAUGAUAUUGGUUAAGUGUUUUCUUAUCCAGUAAUUAUGCAUAAGUUGUGUAUGAAUUAUUUAAUUGAAUCAAAAGAAUGAUCCAAUGAUAACGCUUACACAGUAGGUUGAAUAAGGAUACUCAAAAAAUGUAUAUGAGAUCACAAAGCUUGUAAACAGCUGAUCUAAAAUUUGUACUCAGGACUGACUGGUCCCAAAUUUGUGCACUUUCUCACUACAUAUUUCAAUACAAGGUAUAUGAAAUUCUAUUUGAAUUAGAUGUGGAAUAUGGGCCUUAAUCAACAUAGAAUGACAAGGUGGAUGAUUUGGACUUGACUGAUAACCAUUUUCAGUCAUUCAGUUAAUGGGAUUAUUUGUGUUCAAUUACCUCCUGAAGACUUGGUGGUGUUACUCUUGUAUGGCAUGGAAUACCUGCACAUGUUUCAGAGAAAGUGAACCUGAGAAAGUAGAAGAGUAAACUCCCUUGACUAAAUCACAAGUUGUUCAUUUUAUUUUUUUAGAGUCAUUGAUUAAACACCCAGAGAAAUGAACAACUUCACCUCUGUGACCAUGUUCUUCCUAAUGGGGUUUUCUGAUGUUCGGGAGAUCCAGAUCUCACAUGCUGUGUUGUUUUUGCUGCUAUACCUGGCAGCUGUACUGGGGAACGUUCUCAUCAUCACUCUCACAAGCAAGGAUCAUCGGCUCCACACCCCUAUGUAUUUCUUCCUGCAGAACUUGUCCUUUCUGGAUCUCUGCCUCAUUUCCAUCACUGUUCCCAAAUCCAUCGCAAACUCUCUGGCUAAUCACACCACCAUCUCAUUUCUCGGCUGUGUUUCACAGGUAUUUUUCUUCUUCCUCUCAGCCACUACAGAAGUAUCUCUACUCACAGUGAUGUCUUAUGACCGCUACGUUGCCAUCUGCCACCCACUGAGGUAUGAAGUCAUCAUGAGCCAUGGAGCCUGUGUGCAGAUGGCAGCUUCCUCAUGGGUCAGUGGAGUUCUCAAUGCAAUUCUGCACACAGCUUCUACCUUCUCCAUACCAGUGUGUGGGUCUCCUGAAAUUCGUCAGUUCUUCUGUGAUGUUCCACAACUGCUGUCCCUCGCCUGUUCUUAUAAUACUGUGGAAUUAGUAGUCAUUGGGCUCACCCUGGUGUUAGGUUUUGGCUGUUUUGUGUUUAUUGAUAUCUCUUACAUUCACAUCUUCUCCACUGUUCUGAGAAUCCCAUCCAGAGAAGGCAGGUCUAGAGCUUUCUCCACGUGCUUGCCUCACCUCACUGUUGUGACUCUCUUUCUCUUUUCUGGCUUUCUUGCCUAUUUACGACCUUUACCCAAAUCACCAUCACCCUUGGAUUUGCUGGUGUCGGUAUUCUAUACUAUGGUGCCGCCCAUCAUGAAUCCCGCCAUCUACAGUCUGAGAAAUAAGGAUAUGAAGAUGGCAUUAAAGAAACUUAAAGAGUGGGCAUUGCCCUUCAAAUUAGGAGAGUUAAUGCCACAUAUAUCAUGAUCUUUCAAUCACUGACAGAAUUGUCUGAACAAUCUGGUUGCAUAGUCUGAAUAUAAUAUUGGAUAUUUAAAGUAAGAAUUUCUGUGAAAACUCUGGUUGUACUCAUUGA